UUGCCCUUCAAAACUUGUUUGGUCUCUUUCCCGAGACACAUUGCAUCGAUGUGAUUUAAUUGGUCCGAUUGGCGAAGGAAUACGGGGCGGACAGAGGAUCUCGUCUCCUCUUUCCCUUGCACUACUCGAUCUCGCGCGGCGUCUGCGUCGGCGGCAGCGGAAGGAGGCGAACAGCGUCCCGACGAAGUCUUGCCCUAGCAGGGAGUUGAAAGAGAAAUGUUGGGUGGACUUUAUGGAGACCUUCCUCCUCCUGCAGCAGCUGAUGAGGAGAGAAGCAACAGUUCAUCUGUUUGGUCAAGCAGUGGAAAGAUGGCUCCGCCCACGUUGCGAAAGCAGUCAACUGUAUUCUCACCACCUCAAUCUAUUUUGAGGAAUCAACAGUUACAGAUCAAAGCUAAAAGUUCAAUCACACCACAACCAAGGCCACUGAGUGCUUCCACUCCACCAUCUUUGCUAGAAAAUGAUACCAAAGGCCCAGCUUUUCAGCCAGCUCUUGUUGGCGUGACAUCAACAGUCAUCGAGGAAUAUGAUCCUGCUAGGCCAAAUGAUUAUGAGGAGUACAGGAGAGAGAAGAAGAAAAGGGUUGCAGAGGCAGAAAUGAAGCGGGAACUAGAUAGGAGACGCCGGGAAGAGGAGGAAAGGGAGAAGGAGAGGGAACGAAGGGAACAGGAAGCUGCAGAGAGAGAAGAUAAUGAUCAUCGAUCAAGGUCCUCAUCACUGAGUGUAUCUGGUGAAGAAGCCUGGAAAAGACGUGCUUCCAUGAGUGGAGGAGUUCCUCCAAAAUCACCUUCUCCGCCUCCAAAUGGAGAUGGAUUUAGCAUUGGAAAGUCAACUACUGCCGGAUUGGGAAUUGGUGCUGGUGGACAAAUGACUGCUGCACAGAGGAUGAUGGCAAAAAUGGGUUGGAAAGAAGGCCAGGGUCUUGGCAAACAGGAACAGGGUAUUACUACUCCCUUGAUGGCAAAAAAAACUGAUAGGCGAGCUGGGGUUAUUGUUAAUGCUAGUGAGCCUAAAUCCGAGAAGAAGGUUAAAAGUGUCAAUAUGAACAGCCCACCCACUCGUGUCGUACUACUACGAAACAUGGUUGGACCAGGAGAAGUAGACGACGAGCUUGAAGAUGAGGUCGCAUCAGAGUGCACAAAAUAUGGCACUGUUACACGAGUGUUGAUAUUUGAGAUAACCGAACCAAACUUCCCAGUAGAAGAAGCAGUUAGGAUCUUUGUGCAAUUUGAGAGGUCAGAGGGCGCGACAAAGUCAUUGAUUGACCUUGAUGGGCGUUUCUUUGGCGGAAGAGUGGUGCGCGCUUCAUUUUAUGAUGAGGAAAAGUUUGGAAACAAUGAGUUGGCUCCGAUGCCUGGCGAAGUGGCUGGUUACCAGUAAGAUUAUUAACUCGACAAACAAUUGGAAGGUUAGGACUUGCUGCUAUGGCGGCAUUUGCAGUUGGGUAUCUCCUGCCUAUUUGCUUUCCUAAUCUUGGUAGAGUAUUUUUUGGCAACUUGAUGCGAUGUGGUAACUAUGCUUCUUGUUGUAAUACUCAAUGCAGUGGUUUACUGUGCAUGCCUAAUUUAUGAAUUGAGUUAAUAUUCAAUUCUAGUUUAUUGUGCA